UCAGAAGCUGGCAGGAUGAAUGUGAGGGUGGCACACAGCGAAGUCAACCCAAACACCCGAGUGAUGAAUAGCAGGGGCAUCUGGCUGGCCUACAUCGUCCUAGUAGGACUGCUGCAUAUGGUUCUCCUCAGCAUCCCCUUCUUCAGCAUUCCAGUCAUCUGGACCCUGACCAAUGUCAUCCAUAACUUGGCUAUGUAUGUUUUCCUGCAAACAGUGAAAGGGACACCUUUGGAAACCCAUGACCAAGGAAAGGCUCGGCUGCUGACACACUGGGAACAGAUGGACUAUGGGCUACAAUUUACAUCUUCCAGAAAAUUCCUCAGCAUCUCUCCUAUUGUACACCAACUUCUGGCCAGUUUCUACACCAAAUAUGAUGCUGCUCACUUCUUCAUCAACACAACCUCAUUGCUAAGUGUACUACUUCCAAAGUUGCCCCAAUUCCAUGGAGUUCAUCUCUUUGGCAUCAACAACUACUAAGGGAUGUGCCAGGGGAAAACUGCUGGAACAAAAGGCUGUACUAUACAGUCUUUUAUCUUGAAAGUCUGAUAAUUAUACAACUUUUCCCAAACUGUAAGGACAAAGAUACUGGACAAUGGGGCUCCCUGGGUCCAAUCCUGCUAAGAGUAGAUAUUUUUUUGAAUCAGGGAAGGCAAGUGAGGUAAGGGUCAAAUGGUUCCUCUGUGGUAGGAAGCCAUGUCUGAGCAGCAUUUUUAGUAGUUAAAUUUACCUAUGUCAUCCACCCUCACACCCUUACAGCAUUAUGCUCUGUUUUCUUUAAAAUAAAGUUCUCUCU